AUGUUCAUGCUCGAGGCGACCCUAUACUGGGUUCAGAAGCAGGAGGCAGUGAGUGAACAUAUCACUGACAGUUGUCCUUACCGUAAUGUCUCUCUGCCGUGUCAGUACGGGAUAGUCCUGGAUGCCGGCUCUUCCCACACGGCGCUCUUCGUCUACGAGUGGCUGGCGGAGAAGCAGAACGACACGGGGGUGAUUGCACAGCGCCACCUUUGCAACGUCAAAGGAGGAGGGAUCUCGAGUUACAGCAGCUCCCCGUCUGGGGCCGGGGAGUCACUCCGGGCGUGCAUGGACAAGGCCAAGGCCAUCGUGCCCAAGGACCGCUGGGCUGACACCCCGCUGGCUCUGGGGGCCACUGCCGGCAUGAGGCUCCUGGAGAUGAGUGACUCGGUGGCAGCGAAGGCAGUGCUGUCCUCGGUGCGGGAAGUGCUCGGCUCGUAUCCCUUCUCGUACCGUGAGGCGCGCAUCAUCUCAGGCCAGGAAGAGGGAACCUACGGUUGGAUCACGGCCAAUUACUUCUUGUACAACUUCAUUCAGUUCACAUGGCUGGGCAAAUGGCAAUGGACCACAUCCACGAAGCCCAUAGGAGCCUUGGACCUGGGUGGAGCAUCCACUCAGAUCACAUUUAUGACUGAGGAGCCUCUGCAGGGCUCACCGGACAGCCUGACCAUCCAGCUGUACGGAAGAAAGUACCACGUGUAUUCCCACAGCUACCUGUGCUAUGGACGUGACCAGGCAAUCAAGCGCUUCCUCUCCACUUUAUACAAGGUGGUUGCGGCAGACACAGCUUCUUCUGGAGCCCAUGUGAACAACCCAUGCUACCCAACAUUAUACUCCGUUGCGUACAACCUCAGCUUCAUCUACGACAGUCCCUGUACGAGCGAUGCGAGGCCGGCGAAUUAUGAUCCCAACCAGUCCGUCACUUUCCGAGGCACGGCAAACCCUGCCGAAUGCAGCAACACGAUCUCCAGCAUCUUUAACUUCUCCGCCUGCAGCUCGCCCAACUGCACCUUCGACGGAGUCUGGCAGCCGCCCGUGCGAGGCCAUUUCUUGGCGGGGGGUGGAGAGUUGGGUUGGGCCCUUGGGUUCAUGCUCAACGUUACGAACAUGGUGCCCGUCGGGAAGCUCCCAGAGCUGUACAGCACAGCCGCUGAACGCAUCCUGGGCGUCAACCGGGGUAAGCCGGAAUAA